AUGCUCGUAAAGCUCGACCUGGCGAUGCUAGACCUAAAGCCGAUGGUGGACGCACAUCCUAAAAGUAUACGGGACUUUAAUAGAUUCCUGUGUGCCUUCUUUGAUAAGAACCUGAAGGAAUUCCCAUACUAUGUGCGACCACGAACAUUGGCGCAAGGUAUGAUACACACAACACCUGAUCGGUCGUUAAGGAGUGUCUUCGUUCAUGGUACAUCAGUAGAUGAAACAUCAUUUGGACACGUACUGUUACAAGGAACGGAAUAUGACAUGUUGACAUGCAUCAUCACGAACUCACCAUCGGCUGCUGGGUUAGCUACCAUUACGGCGGAGGCCGUGCUAAGGGCGGCACGCAAACACUUUGGAGAACGUAAUGUGGCGGAAAGGAAAUUGUUGGAUGUUAGCUUCCUGUUGUUACAAAUUUUCAAAUUUUAUUACAUGUGUUGUAUUAUUUAA